UUGAAUCCUCAAGAUGAAGACACUUGUUGUACUGUUGGUGAUUUCAGUUUUCUUGGUUUUGCAGUUCUAUAACUCCGAUGGGUUUUCUUUCCCCUCUAUCAUCGACGACGCAAGAGACGCUAUGAUGAAAUUCUCGACGGGAACAUAUACAGUCUCAAAGAAGRCUCCUGUGCAUUAUCGUAAAAAGCCUUCCUCAUCUUCACGUCGUCGUCGAAGAUCUUCCGGCUUUCUUGGGAAAGUUGAAAGGUCUAUACUGGAAGCACAAGCGAGCGGCAAUAGAAGAGCAAGCCUGUCCAGACUGACAAGAAACAUCAAGUUGGCACUUUCCAAGAAAAGUUACCUCUUCGCAAGAAAGACGCUCGGUCAAGCCCUUUACAGUGCUUUAUCMACCAGAMGAUCUGGAAAACGAUCAGUCAUUAAUUAUGGUGCUCAGUACCUCAAAAAGUUGAAGAAUGAAUUAGGUGAAACAUUCUUUAACAAGUUGGUUGGGUUCAAYGAUGAUAAGACACUGAUGUUUGCUAUUGAUGACACUGGAAGUAUGAGUGGUGAAAUCCGCGCAGUGAAGGACAUUUCAAUAGCGCUGGUCAAUGACAUGAAAGGAAAAUCGGGCAUCAACUAUAUUCUGUCAGUUUUUAACGACCCACUUUCAGCCAUGCCGUCUGAAGCCCAGGUGUUUGAAGAUGGAACAAAGAUGGUCACGGCACUGAACAAACUAAGAGCUCAUGGCGGUGGUGACUUCCCAGAGCUGACAUUCACAGGCAUGCAGCGUGCUUUAGAAGCAGGACCCCAGGAAGGUUCUCCAAUGUUCGUCUUCACAGAUGCCACAGCGAAAGAUGUAGCAAAAUACAAGGAGAUGGUAAUUGGUUCUGCUAAAGAUUUUGGCGUCAAUGUCAACUUUAUGGUGAGAGGAAGUGCAGCCUCAACAUUUGCUCCGUUUAUUGAAACAGCCAAGGAAACCUGUGGAAUGGUUGUAAGACUGAAAGAUUCCCUUGAAAUAAAGAAACUUGCGAACAUUGCCAAGCUUUCCUUGAAAAACUAUGUUUGCAUGCGGAAUGACGAGAGCAAGGACGUACCAACAGGAAAACGCUCAGCAUCUAAAAGACACGUAAUCUUUGUUGAUGACUCACUGGAGAAAAUAAUAAUUUCCGUCUCCACAGUGAGACGAAACCCUGUCGUCACUCUUCGAAAUCCAAGAGGAAGGGUACAAUAUAGAGGAAAGAUCUCUCUCUACAACGCUAUCAUUUAUGAACUGUACAGGCCAAUGGCUGGACGAUGGACUCUGACUGUAGCUGCCAGUGCUGGAAAAUACCAAUACCUGGUCAGAGGUACUGGUACAAGAAACAUCGAUUUUGAUUACUAUUUCAUGAUGGUACCCACCAGAGGAAAGAAGGUUCCAAUUCCAAUCAGCCAGCCCUUAGCUGGUCAAAAGGCAAACACCAUUGUAACUGUAACUGGAGUCGAAAAGAUCCGAACCAGCACUCUAAAACUAGACGUGAUUGACAGCAAACGCGGAACAGUUCUUAGGACCCUCACUCUAACACCACGCAAACGAUCCAAAGAACAUUUCUUGGUGUCAUUCUCUCCGCCAUCCAAGCCAUUCAGGUUCCGACUGAGAGGGAAAACCUUAGCUGGAAAUAACUUUGAAAGAUCGUCWAAGAAGACCGUCAAGCCACUGACAGCUUUGGUUCGAGUGUACAAAGCHAUGAAUGGUCUUCUUGCUCUCCCAAGAGGUAGACGCAUGUAUGUUGUCAUGAAGAUCUUCAACAAUGGGCCAACUGAGGUGUUCGAUGUCGCUAUCAACGAUCCUCUGGGUUAUGCCACGUCAAGGCGUAAACUGCAAGUGAAAGUCUAUGGCAAGAGGGAUCGAAGGUUUGCUUGA